CUGUGGGUGCGACUACAGGCGGGAAGGGCCGCCUUACCGGGAGUCCCAGUAAACGAAAAAAAAAUCUCCGAUAAAAAUGGGCACGUAUCAAAAACCUGCGAUAUUUAUAAAGCAAUACAGUGGCGUUGAUGGAAAAGAAAAGCGCUUUAUUCUAUAAGCAAUUUUAGGACUUACAUAGUGGUUUGCGAUAGGCGGGUGUUUAAACUCUCCCCCCGCCCCUCAACACUUCGCCACAAAGAUUAUUAAUUAUCUUUGUCUCUUUCGUGUGCUGGGGUGGGGGUUCACCCCUGCGCCGAGCCGCUGUCAGGGGAGCUCCCGCAGAGGCCACUCCAGCCCCCUCCCAUAAGGUCCUUCCCAUCCCGGAGCGGCCGCAGCCGCCUCGCCUCACUCCCCUGCCCCUUGCCGCCCGCUGCAGCCGGCUCGUCCGGCAGCCAGGUCGCCGGGUCGCCGCUGCCCUCCCUGUUCCCCCUCAGCGGUCGUUGCUGCGCAUCAUCAAAACAUGCAGGAUGAGCUGCUCCUGGGGGUGACACAGCAGCAGCAGCCAGGCAGCGAGAGGCUGGGCAGCAGCCCCGCGUCGGGACACCCCCCUCUCGGCCACCCCUCCUCUGACUUUAAACCCUGUCUCAGCCCCCACCAGGAUUUAAACAAGCAGCAAGCGCAGCAACCACAGCCGCCGCCUCCUCAGCUGAGCCAGAAGAGGAAAGAGUUUAAGCAGCAGCUCAGCAGCCCAGCCCAGCUCGGCAGCAGCCACCCCCUGAAUAACCACCACCCCCCAGACUAUCAUCACCACCCCCCUCAGCAGCAGCAGCAGCAGCAGUUCAGCCACCCCACUGACAAGUACCAGCAGCAGGAGCACAGGCAACAGCAGCAGCUCCUCAGCGCUCACCCCCCGGAGCCGCCGCGGACGGGGGACCACUCGCACCACCGGCCCGUCGGCCCCGCCGAGCACCAGGGCGGCGCGGACAGGGGGGGUUUGGAGCGGCUCGCCCCUUCCUGCCCGGGGGGAUCGGCGUCCGCGGACCCCAAUGUGGGGGUGGCCGCCGCCGCCUCCUGCGUGAAUCCGCCUUCGUCUCCUCAUCUGCAGGCGAGAGCCAAGCUGCCCCCCAUGGAGUCUCCCCCGAACAGCCACUUACUGGGCAGCCCCGGGAACCUCCUGCCCGGCGGGCUCGGCUCUGGCUUCAGCAGCCUGCAGAGCCCGGAGAUCCCCAGCCCCCAUCACCAGAGCGGGGGCGGCUCCUCCUCGGCGGCUUCCCCUCCUCCUCCGCCGCUGCCCGGCUUCGGCACCCCCUGGUCGGUGCAGACCUCGUCGCCGCCUCCGCAGCAGACGCAGCAGCCUCCGGUCUCCACCGGCGGCGGCGGCGGGCAGAUCAGCGCGAUGCCACCCCCGAGCCCGGAGUCCGAGACCAGCUUCUACCCGGGGAUCCCGUCAUCGAUCAACCCCGCUUUCUUCCAGAGCUUCUCGCCGGUGUCUCCUCACAACCCCUGCGCCGGGCCCUUCAGCAGCCCCUUCUCGGCCGCCGCCCCCCCGCCGCCGCCUAUUAAAUCCGGUCAGAUUCAAUCGCCUCUUCUGAAGCAGUCACCCUGGAGCAAUCAGAGCAGCGGCUGGAGCACAGGAAAUAUAUCCUGGGGAGGAAUGCAUGGCAGAGACCAUCGUAGAACUGGAACCAUGGGAAUUCCAGGAACUAUGAACCAGAUCUCUCCUUUGAAGAAGCCCUUUUCUGGUAAUGUCAUAGCUCCUCCUAAAUUUACUCGCUCUACUCCAUCACUGACACCAAAAUCGUGGAUUGAAGAUAAUGUUUUCCGAACUGACACCAACAGUAAUACUCUCCUUCCUUUGCAGGAUCGAAAUAGAAUGUAUGACAGUCUGAAUAUGCACUCUUUGGAAAACUCCCUUAUUGACAUUAUGAGAGCAGAGCAUGAUCCACUUAAAGGUCGCUUGAGUUAUCCACAUCCGGGGACUGACAAUCUUCUGAUGUUAAAUGCGAGGAGUUAUGGGCGAAGACGAGGCCGUUCUUCCCUCUUCCCAAUAGAUGAUGGCUUGCUGGACGAUGGUCACAGUGAUCAGGUUGGAGUCCUGAAUUCCCCCACCUGCUACUCAGCUCAUCAGAACGGAGAACGGAUUGAGCGUUUUUCUCGGAAAGUGUUCGUUGGAGGUCUUCCACCGGAUAUUGAUGAAGAUGAAAUUACUGCCAGCUUCAGACGAUUUGGGCCCUUGGUAGUAGACUGGCCUCACAAAGCAGAGAGCAAGUCCUAUUUCCCACCAAAAGGUUAUGCAUUCCUCCUGUUCCAAGAAGAGAGUUCUGUUCAGGCCCUGAUUGAUGCCUGCAUUGAAGAAGAUGGAAAGCUCUAUCUGUGUGUUUCCAGCCCCACUAUCAAGGACAAGCCAGUUCAGAUCCGUCCCUGGAAUCUAAGUGAUAGUGACUUUGUGAUGGAUGGUUCGCAGCCACUUGAUCCUCGGAAAACAAUUUUUGUUGGAGGAGUCCCUAGACCGUUAAGAGCUGUGGAAUUGGCUAUGAUCAUGGACCGUCUCUAUGGGGGAGUUUGUUACGCAGGAAUUGACACUGACCCUGAGCUGAAAUACCCAAAAGGUGCUGGACGUGUUGCUUUUUCCAAUCAGCAGAGUUACAUUGCUGCCAUCAGUGCUCGGUUUGUUCAACUUCAGCAUGGCGAUAUUGAUAAGCGAGUGGAGGUAAAGCCAUACGUGUUGGAUGACCAGAUGUGUGACGAGUGCCAGGGUGCGCGGUGCGGUGGGAAGUUUGCUCCUUUCUUUUGUGCCAAUGUCACUUGCCUGCAGUAUUACUGUGAGUUUUGUUGGGCAAAUAUCCACUCUCGUGCAGGACGUGAAUUCCAUAAGCCAUUGGUAAAGGAGGGGGCUGACCGCCCACGUCAGAUCCACUUCCGCUGGAAUUAAACAUGCUGAACCAGCAUCUGCAGAAGGAGAGAAGGGUGCAUGUGGCUUACUGUGUUUGAAGAUACUGACAUGCAGAAGAAAUAAGUGCAUUCUUCUGCUUUUCACCCCAGCUAUCAAUACAUGCAUCUUUAUCAGCAGCCAAAACACUACAAGCCUCUUGUUUUUCACCAAAACCCUACAUCUCAGGCUUACUAAUUUUUGUGAUAUUUUCAUGUUAAAAUAAAAUGUUUUUUUGUAUUUUCUCCAAGUUAUUUUUAUAUGUAAAGUUAAAACUAGAUAUGAGAAUGUUUUUGCGUAGGGGCACACAGUCUGCUGCUAUAUUUAGUGGGUGAAGCGUGCACUUAUUUCUAAACAUGGGUUUUUAACUUCAAGAUCUGCCCCAGUAAUUUACCAAAGGUAGCAAAAUAGUGAAGAUGGAAUAUGUCUGCUACAAAAGCUUAUUUUUAUCGUUGUUGCUAUUUUCAGUGUAUACAUAAACUAAAAAUUAGGGUUGAUUUUUUGCUCUCCAUUUUGACUUGCAAGAAAUAAUACCUCAAGAUAAUCUGAUUUAUUAGCUAUUUUUAAACAUUUUUAAUCACAAGCUGUAUUAGCUUUGCUGCUAUAUAGGUGUUAUGUGUAAUGCCACCUAUUAAUACGGGAUUGAAACGUUUAAGACACACUGCAUUACAGAUUAAAUGCAGGCAGCACAAUAUGGCCUAAACUGCCAUAGUUUUAGAAUGUGAAAAAAUUGCAUGUUUACUUACCUGUAUACACCAUAUGCAUGCACUAGAACUAUUAAUUAACAAGAGGUGAGUUAUUGCAAAUGUUCAAAAAAGGCUCUCUUGAAACUAGGUAGCAUGAGCAAAUUUACAAAAUUUCUUACAAAAAACAAACUUGCAUGCAUUAUUGUGACUGAAGUAAAAAAAUGUCCUACAUGUGUACAAUAUGCAAAUUAGUUUUAGACUAGAAAGUGCAGCCAUUUUGUGACCUGGUCAGUAGUGGAAUUCAAUUUUAUGCAGACUGGAUGUAAUAUUGUAAUCCCUGUGCAAUUUUGUGAUGUGUGCUUCUACUUAAUGUGGCGUGAUGUAGUAUAGAUACAAGUUUGAGUAAAAAGCUAGCAUUUAAAAAGUUCUUUUAAGCCCCCUUGAUUGUUCAUGGUUAAGAUUUCCUCUACAAACCAAAGAUGGCCAGCACACUGCUAACCAGUCACCAAAUGUGAAACCCAUGACGAAUGCAUACAAAAAUAGACGUAUAUGAGAAUGCGUAAUGCUUUAGAAAUUAAAUUCUAAGUCAAAAUGGAGAAGGUGUAAUAUACAGACGGCUAGUUGCAUAACAAACUAAAUUUUACCUUUAAGACAACAGUGAAAUUUGGCUUAAAAAAGCCUUGCUUACAUGUUUGACCUGUGUGCAUUGUGGUCUGCUGUCAAACCGGGGUCACUGUUGCAUGAGAAGUAGCUACUUGACAGUCAAGGAUAGUCCUUUUAUUUUAAUGAAGGAGUUCUACUAACGACAUUGCUUGCAGAUUUUGGAAAACAAAUGUAGUUAGGACAGAGGCAAUAUUUAACUGAACACUAAAAAAAAAAUCUUAGCAGUGCUUUUGUCUAUCUCAGAGCAUUUUUAAUGCAACUAGCCCCUACUUUUUAAUGGAACAAACAGUUAUUCUGCAGCCUAAGCAAACACUCAGCAGUAAAUGCUGUAAUGCAGAACUAAGAGCCUGAUGCUAGAGUUGAAAUUACAAGGGUGUUGUUCUUUGCAAUCCCUUGGGACAAUCCUUCAUGUAAGCAAAGUGUUGAUCUUAUGUUGGUUGUCUACAGUGUGCUUUUUUGUACUGUACAAUAUGUGGUUCAUGUCUAACUGCUGUUUUAUUGUGGCUGUGGUUCGAGUUUUUAAUGUUUAAAGUUGAUGCUGUUUUAAGAAGAGCUUUUUACUAAUUUAUUUGUCAAUGUUCCCUACUUGUUACCUAACCAUGAUCCUCCAGAUUUUUUGGAGUAUUCUUUUUUAACCUUAACCCUGCCAAACCUUGAUCCAUUUUGACAUUUGUUAUGCACUAUUUUUAUAUCUCUGUGAGAGAUUUUUCCAACAGUCAGCUAUUUUAAGGCACACUUUUUUU